GCUCGCGAUCCAGAUCGUGAUCAAGUUGAGUACGCUUUCAUCGAUAAAUCUGGCAAGGAAACCUACGAGACAAAGCUCUUCCAGAUUGACAAAGACACUGGACUAAUCAAAUUGAGAUCUGGGGUCCAUGCUACCGAUCUUUUGAAGACUGACUCUCCUUAUAAUCUCACAGUGAUCGCUAGGGAUGAUGGCUCGUGCUGCUCAGCGCAAUCACCACAACAUACUGCUUUAGCUACAGUACUUAUAGGCAUCGAGGAUGUAAACAACAAUAGGCCCGAAUUUCGAAAUUGUGCAAGCUAUGGCGAUUUGGCAAAGAUCCAAGAAGGAGUCUACAAGAAGGAUCCACCUACAAUCAUCAAGGUGGAAGCCACCGAUGAAGACUCGUCCUCCAAUGGCCAAAUCGUUUACUCACUUUACUAUGCACAGAGUGAAUCUAGGAAACCGUUUGUUAUUGAUAAACUUACCGGAGUGCUUACACCAUCACCGCAUGUCAUCUUUGACCGAGAAACUCGUCCAAGGGAAGAUGUAACCGUUAAGGCUACUGACCGUGGAGAUCGACCGUUGAUAGGCUUUUGUCAGUUUUCCAUAGAAGUCGUAGAUGUUAAUGACAACGCUCCUCAGUUUGAUCGUGCUUCUUAUGAGACAAGCAUAUCGAGGAGUGAAACUAUCGGGUGA